UCGUAGAUAGCGAUGUUGAUACCAGAUUCCUAAUAUGUUUCUGCAUGCCCCCCUUAUUUAAUGACCCCUGUGCGACGGCUCGUUUAAUUUCUUUUGCCAUCCAAAAAUAGACUUAUAGUAUGUCGAAGAAUUACAUAAAUGCGCUUUUGAAGCCUUUUCGUGAGAGUAAAGUCGUUGAGAGCUUACUGAAAUUGUUUGAGUCUGAAGCGAAUAAGUCUUCUGGAGGGGUUGGAGGCGUGAAAAAUGAGGUCCCAGCGGGGCGAACAGGCGCUGCUCAGUACAGCACGGGGGUGCGGAAGGUGACACUCAUUCCUGGGCACGGAAUUGGCCCAGAGAUCACUGUAGCUGUUCAGAAAAUAUUCGAAGCUGCCAAAGUACCCAUAGAAUGGGACGAGGUUGAUGUCACAGCUGUUAGGGGUCCAGAUGGCAAGUUUGGUAUUCCACAAAAGGCUAUUGACUCUGUAAAUGCAAACAAAAUCGGUCUUAAAGGCCCACUCAUGACACCAGUUGGGAAAGGUUACCGAUCCCUCAACUUGGCCCUUCGUAAGGAGUUUGACUUAUAUGCAAAUGUUCGGCCUUGCAAAAGUUUAGAUGGCAUCAAGACGCUGUACGACAACGUGGACGUGGUGACCAUCCGAGAGAACACGGAGGGCGAGUACUCGGGCAUCGAGCACGAGAUCGUCGACGGCGUGGUGCAGAGCAUCAAGCUCAUCACCGAGGAGGCCAGCAAGCGCGUGGCCGAGUUCGCGUUCCAGUUCGCGCAGGAAAACAAGCGGAAGAAGGUCACCGCCGUGCACAAGGCCAACAUCAUGCGUAUGUCCGACGGUCUGUUCUUGCGGUGUUGUCGAGACCUGGCCACUAAGUACCCCAGUGUGACCUUCGAAGAACGCUACCUUGAUACAGUGUGCCUCAACAUGGUGCAGGAUCCAUCGAAAUUCGACGUACUCGUUAUGCCGAACUUGUACGGUGACAUCAUGUCGGACAUGUGCUCAGGUCUGGUGGGAGGUCUGGGCCUCACGCCCUCCGGAAACAUCGGCAAAAACGGAGCUCUAUUCGAGUCUGUGCACGGCACAGCGCCAUCUAUCGCCGGGCAAGACAAGGCCAACCCUACGGCUCUGCUCCUCUCCGGAGUGAUGAUGCUUCGUCACCUGCGGCUGUACGACUUCGCGGACAAGAUCGAGGGCUCCUGCUUCGCGGUCCUGAAGGAGGGGAGAGUUCUCACGGAGGACUUGGGCGGGAAGAGUACUUGCACGGAGUACACCAAUGAGAUCAUCAGGAAUAUGAAUUAGGAGUUCCGAUUGGUUGCUGCUCCGUUGGAAAUGUUUACUUCGGUUAUUUAAUUGCAUAGAUUUUUUUGAUAACCAAUCUCGUGCUGUGGUGAGAGCUGUGGUUUUAAGAGUCCCGAAAACGAUCCCCGGCUGGGGUAUAUUCUGAAUAAAUUUCGCUGUAAAAGGGGUGGGUUCUAACUGACAUUUAGCUUAGCUGCUCGUCUUUGUCAUUAAGGUAGUAACUAGCCAUGGCCCAUCCUUCCACCAGAUAGGUUGAUCCUAAAAGCACAAUAUGGGAAUAUGGCGGCUGGUAAGCGGCUUCGGCCGUGGCUAGUUACCACCGUACCGACAAAUACGUACUGCUAAGCGAUAAAACGUUAUAAACGAUGUCGCCUAAAACCGAGUAGGGGUAAGGGUUUAAUAUAAUUGCUAUACCCCUAACAGGUUAGCCCGUUGCCUUGUUAGGCUGCAUCAUCUCUUACCAGCAGUUGCAUACUACAGUCAAGGGCUCAACUCAUAUUCCAACUUGGUAUUUACACGAUAUUGUACUGGAAUGCUAAAUAACUGGGUGGCACGAUUUUGUCGGUAACUCGCCACUGCCUCCAACCAGGCCCGACCGAAGACUCUCACAAGAGAAAAUAAAGAUAUUAAAAUCUCCCAAAUUGUCCCCGCUGGUGAUAGAACCCAGGAACUAGUAUAGGAGUACAGCACUCACCACUAUGCCAGGCAAGUCGUAGAACUAGUAUGCUAGGAACAGUAAUAAAUAAUCGAGUAUCCGUUGAUCGGAGUUAUAUAUCCCGAAAAGUCAUAUGCAUAGCUCAAUGAGGUUUCAUGUUAAACCGCAGCAGCUGAGAAAACUAGUUCAAUUAGAUGAAUUUAACAAUAAAUUUUAACUAUUUUCGUUGAAAACUAAAAAAGCAUAUUGUAACGACGUCAUUAAAAUAAAAUGUUAGGACUUUAAUUUUAUAUGAGCUUAUUCCGUUUGAUACGAGGACACAAUGACGUCAUUUCCUAGGCCAUAGCGAAACUAAACAUUAGCUAUAAUAAAAUGAAAUCGGCAAUCAAUUUAUAAAUAAUAGCUUUUAUCAACGAAUACCGUUGUUUGGUCGCGGCUAGAAAGUCAGAAUUUCUCCAAGCGCGUAUCUUACAGUGGCCUCGGUACGUGACUGUCUCGCUCGCAAUCGAAGAUUCGUGUUUGUAUAUCAAACUCUAUAAUGUAAAAUGGACCUUAUUAUACUUCUUAAAAAGUCUAAAAUCCCGUUCGUCUGAUUUUUAUACUACAAAUGCCUAAGCUAAAGUAUCGUAGGCAAAGUUAAGCUUUAAUUAAAUGCAAAUAAGAUCUAUUUUACUGCGAUGUUCAAGUGUUUCUAUACUCCAAAAUUACUCCUCGAUUGCGAGCGAGCAAAUCUUAUAUUAUGGCUUCAGGUUUCUGUGAGAUUUGUUUAAGAAAAAAAUAGGCUAGUUUAUUUAUGACAAGAAUAUGACUCUACUUGUGUGGAGUCAUUGAAAAUACGAUUUCUUUUGACGCAACACGAGUAGCGUGUAGUCGGGAUGUCGUCAAUUACAAAAGAUAUUUAAAAUGGCUGCUAAGUUAUAACUUUAGAAGUAUUUUUUUUUACUU